GCAGAGGGCACCUGAGACCUCCCUGGAGCCUGGAGGUCCUUAUUAAAUCAGCAGCCUCCCAGCGCGCUGCAGCGCCUCAGAUCCGCCGGCAGGGGUCAGAGGUGAGGCGGCGUGUGCUCGGGCCUGUCACUCAUCAGACCGCAGAAGCAGCAGAAAUGAUCGCACUGGACCCCGGAAGUGUGUGUGACCCUCAUCAUUAUUUCCAACGCAUGAAACCCUUUAAACAGCUUGAGAUAUGAAAUGAUCUGUUUCUGUCUGCCCAUCGCUCAUCUGAGAAUCACAUCUGGUGGCUAGAAUCUCAUUUUGGAGGCGGGUCCAAACUGUAGAUGCCUUUGAGUUCAAACCCGACAGGGUUCGAGAGGAUGUCAUUGUGAGGGACGCUCCGCGUGGUGAGAAUGCAGUCUUCAGGACACCGGUUGAGGGAUGUGGAGCAGCACCAGCCCCUGCUCAGCGCAGGGGAGGAGGAGGUGGCGGCCAGCCGUAUCUGGUUCAUCCAGGACAGCUGCGGGAUGGUGUGCGCCUUCAUGACCUGGUUUCUGGUUAUGUACGCAGAGUUUGUGGUGAACUUUGUCAUGCUGCUCCCCUCCAAAAGCUUCUGGUACUCUCUCAUCAACGGCGUGGCGUUUAACUUCCUGGCUGUGCUGGCGCUGACGUCGCACCUUCGAACCAUGCUGACGGAUCCGGGAGCCGUUCCCAAAGGUAACGCCACUAAAGAAUACAUGGAGAGUCUGCAGCUGAAGCCAGGAGAGGUCAUCUACAAGUGUCCGAAAUGCUGCAGCAUUAAACCAGAGAGGGCACACCAUUGCAGUAUCUGUAAGAGAUGCAUCAAGAAGAUGGAUCACCACUGUCCUUGGGUCAACAACUGUGUGGGCGAGAACAAUCAGCGAUUCUUUGUGCUCUUCACUAUGUACAUAGCCUCCAUUUCAUUGCAUGCGCUGUGUCUCAGCGCUUUCCACUUCUUCACCUGUGUCAAAGUCCAGUGGAAUGAGUGUAGUGAUUUCUCUCCACCUGUGGCGGUCUUGCUGAUGAUUUUCCUGUGUCUGGAGGCACUGCUGUUUCUCACCUUCACUGCUGUCAUGUUCGGCACUCAGAUUCACUCCAUCUGUAAUGAUGAGACAGAAAUCGAGCGACUGAAGAACGAGAAGCCCACGUGGGAGCGGCGGGUGCGAUGGGACGGGAUGAAGGCUGUUUUCGGCGGGCCGCCCUCUCUGCUCUGGUUCAACCCUUUUGCUGGACUCCGCCUUCAGGUUCUGAUGGUUCGUGCCCGGAAGAACGGGGCCGAGUUCUCUGUCUGAGUGAAGAAUGCUGUCUGCCUUCAUGCCUAUUACCCCCCUCACAUAGGACAUAGGACUCCUUCCUUUAAUGCUGAAGCAGGUUUGGAUGUACUACGGUGAAAACCUGUGAAAUAACUGAUGUCGCCCCUGGAACAAUGAGGCUACGUCUCGAUACAGCCUGUCUGUGUCCACACAUUAUUACCUCGUGAGGCGGAUCAUAUUUGUUAUGCUCAUAUUGUCUUCAUGAACAUUCAUUUUGAUUUGCUUUUGGUUUAUUUUUGUUGUUCAGAAAUUUACAAAACAUUUUAAAAGGUGUCAACAUUCGUAAUCCAGCCUGAAGAAAUUGCAUUUAGAGCUACCGUGUGACAAAAAUAAUGGUUAACGUGAUGGUUGUUUAAAGAAAUAGAUCAUAAACCAAACUGAAAUUCGCAGAGGAAUGUGUUUUUGCCAAAAAAAAAAAAAUUUCUUUGGUGAAACUCUCAAAAACUUUCAGGAAAUGUCCAGGUAGUCAGAUCAAAAUCAAAAUAAGAAAUUAUUAAAUAUAUUUCUAUUUUUCUUCGCCUAUUCCUAUUUUAUUUACAGUGAAAGGAAAUGUUUUAUUUGCAUUAUUGUAAUUAAAAAUAAAAGGUAAUCUAUUAUUUAAAAUGUUAGGUAUUUAUACAUCAUUUGUACUGAAUUUAAUUUAUACUGAUUUUAUUUUUAAAUUACUUUAUUAUAAUAAUGACAUUGACUUUUUUCACACUACAGUAAUGAGGAUUUAAGUUGCUUAAUUAUACAAAAAAUAAUGCACAAAAAAAUCUUAAUUGCAGAUAAAAUGAGCUUUCUUUUCUUUAUUUAAAAUAUAAUUUCUAGUUUUUUCUUUUGAUUUUAGUUUGAAAUACGAACUGGACAUUUCCUUGUGAGAUUCACUUUCUUAGGUGUUAAGAGCUUGCGGCUGGUUUAGUCACUUUGUCUUUAGCGCAUAACCUAAAUGAUAAAGUCAUUUUAUGUAUUAGUAUUGUAGGGAUAAUAAUAGCCUCGUUCUGUAGUCUGGAAAUUAAUGCCAAUCCCACAAAGAGCUUGAAUGGACGGUGUGACUAUAUAUAAUUCUCACAUUGACCUUAAGCUGCUCGGUGAGAUAAAUAAAGACAAAUCACAUUACAGCACACAUAAUUAAAGUAUGUAGGCCCACGGCUGAGCCAGGAACUCUAA